GGGAGACCGACGAGCGCCCGGCAUCCGGCGUGGGCAGCGGUCCGCCUGCCCCGCGGCGCUUCCAACCUUGCCUCGGAGCGGCGGCAGCGCGGAGGGAGCCGAGGGCGCGUCUCCUUUACCUCGCCAAGCUGGUCGUCUUUUCCUCCCCGGCGCGCGCGCCCCUCCUGCUCGGCGCGUGGCUGGCUGAGGGCGGCUGGGUGGGCGCGCGGGCCACAGCCUCUCGCAGGAUGGAGAGCUCGGCGGACGGCAGGAGGGAGAAGGCGCUGGGAGCCAAAAGCCCGUCCAAGAACGAAAUCAUGAAGAAACCUUGGAGCCCUAUUUCUUCCCAAGACAAUAUCCCAUGUACUUCAGAUUUCACUUAUUUUCAUGAGAGAGAAAGUGAGACAGAAUUAUCACCUGAUGAUAGUGAAGAAAAGCAAGAACGGGAGAAGAAACAUACCAGUUUUACAUUGUGCAGUGUGUGCAACAUACAGCUGAACUCUGCUGCUCAGGCACAGAUCCAUUAUAAUGGGAAAACUCAUCAGAAAAGGUUAAAACAACUCAGCAAUGGAAAUCUCAAAAGUGACCAUGGAGGUACAUGCCAGAGCCCUGCUCUUCCAGCCCUGGUACGUCCUCCAGCCCCGCCCUUGCAGCCAUCGCUGGAUAUCAAACCUUUUCUUCCAUUUCCUCUGGAUACCGCGGCAGCUGUAAAUCUCUUCCCCAACUUCAAUGCAUUUCAGAACAAGAACAUGCACAUCUCUUGGCCACAGUUCUGCAACUCAGUUAUAUCCAAAAAAUUACCAGGUCUGACUUUGGGUAGAGAAGAUUCAAAAGAGGUAGGGACUAACCUUGGAAGUCUACUGAUCGGAGAAAUGGACCCAAUUCAAAAAGCAGUAAUAAAUCAUACUUUUGGGGUUCCUCUUCCUCACAGAAGAAAGCAAAUAAUAUCGUGCAACAUUUGUCAGUUAAGAUUUAACUCAGAUAGCCAGGCUGCGGCCCACUACAAAGGCACUAAACAUGCCAAGAAGCUCAAAGCACUGGAAGCCAUGAAAAAUAAGCAGAAAUCUGUAACUACCAAGGACACCGCAAAGACUACCUUCACUUCCAUCACUACCAAUACCAUCAAUACCAGCUCUGACAAAACAGCAAACAAUACAACAGGGACACCAGCAAUAUCAACAACCACCACAGCUGAAAUUCAGAAAAGCAAUGUCAUGACGACUGAAAUCACCUCUAAAGUUGAAAAGCUCCCCACAACAGCCGCUAUCAGCAGCACGUGUUCUUCAGGAGAGACAGAGGAAGAAAAGGCCAAGCGACUCCUUUACUGUUCACUAUGCAAAGUUGCUGUCAACUCCGCUUCACAGUUGGAGGCUCACAACAGUGGCACAAAGCACAAAACUAUGUUGGAAGCACGAAAUGGAAGUGGAACCAUCAAAGCCUUUCCCCGGGCAGGUGUCAAAGGCAAAGGACCCAUUAAUAAAGGAAACACGGGACUUCAGAACAAAACAUUUCACUGUGAAAUUUGUGAUGUGCAUGUAAAUUCUGAGACACAGCUUAAACAGCACAUAAGCAGUAGAAGGCACAAAGACAGAGCUGCUGGGAAACCCCCGAAACCCAAAUACAGCCCCUACAACAAACUCCAGAAGGGAACACACCCUCUUGGGGUAAAAUUAGUAUUUUCAAAGGAACCUACAAAACCAAUGGCUCCACGCAUCUUACCAAAUCCUCUUGCAGCUGCCGCAGCUGCUGCUGCUGUGGCUGUUAAUUCCCCUUUCAGUCUUCGAACAGCCCCAACAGCUACCCUCUUUCAGACUUCAGCCCUUCCUCCGGCACUUCUCCGACCGGCACCAGGGCCUAUACGGACCACCCACACACCCGUGCUCUUUGCUCCUUACUGAACUCCACAAGCGAAUUAAUUGUACUGCAAUAAUUUUUCAGAGCAAAAGCAAAACAAGAACAAUGAACUAUGCAGUGUUUAUUUAUAGUUUAAUGUAAUUCUAAAGAGAGGAAGAAGCAGUAUUUUCUCCAGAAGGAAGCAUUUCUCUUAAACCUUGAUCAUUUAAAAAGGGAUCCUACAAAAGUUGAUUCAUAGCACUUUGUGCUUUUUAGCACACUUUUCCCCCUUGGAAUGUCUUUUCUGCUUAUGAAACAACUUUACAGAAUUGUCUAAAGGGCAUUAACUGGUUCCAAUGUACAUAAAAUACUUAAUUCUGUAGAAUAAAAGCAAAACAAAACAAAAACAGAAACACUGUGAAUAGUCAUACUCUUAACAAGGCUCCUGCCAAGUCAGCAUUUCCUGGGUAUUUAUCAAAGUACAAGUAGAUACAAUAGAUGUCUUGUUAAGCACUAGUAUUGUGUCUCUAUCUGUGCCACUAGGUCUGUGAACGGAGAUGAUAAAAGUGCAUUAUCACCCCUUGAUAAGUUGCCACAGUGAAGGUGGAUGAAGAUGGGACUAGUUACCAAACUAAUUCAAAUGGCUGCAUUGCGGUUAAUGCCAACAUCAAAAGAGCUUCCUUGCAUCCAGAAUCAACAGCUUGUGCUGGAAGGCUCUUUCAUUUCUUUCCAAGCAGUAGCCCCACUCUCUCCUCGCUUGCCUCAUUACAAUAUGCUUGUUAAACUCUUCUGGUUUUCAAAGCAUGUUGGGGUGGGGGGGGGGUGCUGUUCAGAAAAGAAGUGGAAACUUCCCAUUGUUAAAUUAAGUUUUCUUCUCUGUUUACCAGGAUUAUGUCCAGGAUAAGCCAGAAUCUUGAUCACUGCAAUGAUAGAAUAUAUGCAGAUAACAAAGUGCUGUGCACUGCCCAGAGACUCAUGCUGGUUUUGUUAGCUGCAGCCUGAAAGCCAGUAGGUCAGGAAGGAAUCAGCCACUGGUGCAGAGGCACUAAGGAAAUGGCAUCCUACUCUUACCUGGGACAGACUCCAAGUUUUCUGCCCCCUAUGGGCCCCCGCACCACCCUCCAUGCCCCACCCCCAUUUACCUUAGCCGGCAGCAGGGUCUGGUGGGGCAGAGCUGGGGCAGGCGCAGCCUGGUAGCAGCCUCUGCCAUCCUGGUGGGGCUUCUCCCGGGCCUGGCAGGGGUGCCCGCAGCCCAGCAGUGGCCUCUGCUGAUCUGGUGGGGGGUCUCUACCAGGCCCGGUGGGGCAAGGGGGAAGGAGGAGGGGUGUGGGGGUGAUUUUCUGCCCCCCAUAUGACCCCAAUGGUGUCCACCUGGAGUGCCUGUCCCCACCCCACCCCACCCCACGGUAGCUAUGCCACUAUCGUGGAUGUUAUGUUGUGGUGCAGUGAGAUCAUGGCCUUUUAAGCACAUUGCUGCUAAUGGUCCAUCAAGUGACUGAAAGCUUUGGAUAAAUUAUGUCAUUGGUCUGUACAUGUGUACAUACCUUUCCCUUUCCUCUUAUGCUUUCAAGCUAUCCCCAUUGGUAAGAAUGACAUCUGAUUUUUCCCUGUGGUAGCUGCUCAGUGAUAGCAGCUAAUUCUUGCCUGCACCAUCAUCUUUCCAGCUGCUGAGCUUUUUUGCCUUUGUCAUGGCUUCCCUCAAGGAAUUCUGGGUACUGGAGUCUGGUGAAGUGCUAAACAUUCUCUGUUAGAACUUACUCCCUCACAUAACUUGGAUUUCUUGAGAAAAGGAAAUGACUGGUAAGCCAAUUUAAAUGUAAAGUUGUAGAGUCAUUAUGUCUUAACAAAGCUACUAUAUGUAAAAUGGCAAAUACUAUAUUUUUCAGCAGGUAGUAAAAAAAUAUUUAUUCAAACAGAGCCAAGAAAUACACAUAUGAAGUACUUUGUUAUUAUACCACAACCGGGGAAGCAUUUCCAGCCAGAAGUAAGAAUAUUUUGUUAUAGGGAUUGUGGUAAGAAAGAAAGGUAUAAAUUGCUACUGAGAUGCUCUAAUUUACAUAUUUACAUAGAUAUGGAGAUAUGUAUUGUAUAAGAGAGCCACACAGUCUUUGUGUGGGAGCACCCUUGGACCCUAAACCCCACAACUGGCCUUUAUGAAAUAACUUCUUAUGGGCUUGUGUUCACUGUGAGGCUUUUAAGAAACAAACUGUUGGAGAUCUAUAGAGAUAUAUUGUAUAUAUGCUAGAACUAAAAAUAAUUUAUAAAGAGAAAAUUGCAUACAAUAAUUGUAUACAGCUGUUGAGAGUUAUGCAUGGGCCACAAAGUGGUUGGCAACAAAUGGCAGAGGAAAAGAGUAAGAAAUUGCACGUCUUGGAUCUCUGCAUAUUUGCUGCUGACUUUUCCCAUGGAGAACUGAAAAGGGUGUGAUCGUUAUAUGAGAUGGUAAAUCAGCCAGUUUCAGCCAUACUGAUUGCAUCUCCAACGUCUGCAAGUUGAAUUUAGCUACAAAAAAAGGAAUAAAACAUUUUUUAUGUUAAAUGGGUUUGCAGGAACUUAAAGGAUGGUUAUAAAAUGCUAAUGAUUCAAAAUAUAAAACAUGGAUUUGCUACAUUCAAAUGUUUAUAGCACUUUGGAAUUAUUAAAAUUAGAGAUUGUUAAAGCCAAGAGUGAUUUGUUAGUACUUCCUAUUUUCAAAACAAAAGCUAUUCACCAGUACUUAAAAUGUAUAUAUAAGGACAGCAAGAGAAAAUGCAUAACUUUUGCUUUUUAAAAGGUAUAUAUGUAUGUGUGUGUACACACACACACACAUAUAUAUACCCACAAAAAAGUGCUGUGUAUAGCUACGCAAUUAUAAAAGGAAUAAAACUUUCCAAAAAUAUGCCCCUACAUCCAAAGAGGUAGAUUUGUCUGUUAAGUGUUAACUUUUUAAAGAAAUAGCUCUUUGUGAAUUAUUUUACAAUAUUUCAAUCAUUUUACUUGCAAAUAUUUGUGCCUUGAAGUUAAAGCACUUUUUUUUUGGCUUUCCUAAUCUUAAAACAGAUACAGGAUGUCAAUCAAAGAUUUUCAUUAGACAAAUUUCUCAAGAACUUUUAUAAUAAGAUUCUAAAGUUAAAAUUCAUGCUUGAGAAUUCUGAAUAUGUAUUAACUGCUUAUGAGUAGAUGAAUAUAUUCCUAGAGCACCAGGGCCUUGUAAGGGAAAGCACUUUUGGAAAUAAAACCACAGAGAGCCUGAUCUAGUAGCCUGAACAGAAAUGUCUUUCUCUGGCCAUGCUAUCUUUUACAGCAAUACCUGACAUGGGUUUCUGAGGACAAUCGUGAGGUAUCAUCUUUGGACUUGAACAUAUUGUGACUGUCCUUGAGAUACUGUUCACAGUUGCAUCCAGAUAGCAAACUAUCCCUGUCCUGUACAUUAACAUGCACAAGUACUUACCACAUGGGUCAAAGAUGCAUUGUGAGUUUCUACAUCUCUCCCAGCAGCCCCUGGAAUUAUGGAGUGCACCUGCUGAGAUGCCUACUAUGAUCUGCAUGGUCAGUAUGUCUGCAGUAUAUGGCCAGUACAGGAAUGAUUUGCUACAUGUAAAGAAAGCUGUUUGCAGCUGCAUCCCCACAACAACCAUACAAUGUGCUCUGGUUCUGUUUUAACUUUUUUACAGUGUAGCUGCAAUAAGGGUGAUGUCCUUAGCACUGGCAUCUGCACACAUGGCAGUGAUUUUUCAAGCCAAGUUAAAUGAAUGUUUAUUGCCCUAUAGAACCUUUGCUUGUGUCCACAAAAGGAAACCUCUGAGAACCAAGCCAUAGAGUAUUGGAGGGGCUCCAAAGAUAGGCAGCCCUGGUACAGAUUUUUAUCCUCCUAUAAAAGUAAUAUGCAGAGAGUUGUAAGCAUGGUCUACCAUGCACAUGCUACACCAUUCUGUCCAAAAUGUCGUACAAAUGAAUAUAUUGAUCCUUGUAAUAUGUUGGCCUGUGGCAUGUAUGGAGACACAGUACGAAUGGCAGAGAUAAUCAAAGCUUUGCUAGAGGAGUCGUUCCUAUUCUUCUCAUCAGUUGAUCCAUACUCUUUUAAGUUGCCUGAACCUCUCCCUUUUGCUUUCUUUUUUUUGACACCACAGUGCUGUACACUCAAAAAAAAAUCUUUCCUUCAGCUAAGUCUAUCCUAAACUUCAGCUGUAAGCAACAAACAAUCCUUUUUAUGUCUCUUACUCACUACCUAAUAAAGGAUAAAGCCUAAAUGUCAA